UGCGAGUUAUAGUUGACUGUCCUACUUUCACUUUCACACAGUCGGGAGUUCCUUCUUCAGGGCUUCUUCCUGGGAAACGAAACAAGACGCCGACAUUUUUUCCUUCGACCCGCGUUAGAUGAAGAUGUUCAAAUAUAAUCGGCAUCGAUAUUAAAACUUGUAGCCGGGGACAUCUAAAAGAUUUAGAGCUUUAAAAACAACCAGGUAGCGUUACUUCAGCAGCUAACGCUAGCAUUGCUAGCUCCAGCGGCUAGCAAUGGACGGCGGCGGCGGCGGAAGCGUGAAAAGUACCGAGGAAAAGGGGGCAGAGAAACUAAUGGACGACUACCUGAAGUCGCUCGGUCUGCAUCGGAAGAAGAUCGCCAAAGACGGCUCGUGCUUGUUCAGAGCUGUCGCGGAGCAGGUGCUGCAUUGCCAAAGUCUUCAUACUAAAGUUAGAGCGAAGUGUGUGGAGUUCCUGAAGGAGAACCGAGAGAGUUAUGAGGCUUUUAUUGAAGGAGACUUUGAGGAUUAUCUCUUCAAGCUUCAAGACCCUCAGCAGUGGGUGGGAGAGGUGGAGAUCAACGCGCUGGCCGUCAUGUACAAGAGAGACUUUCUGAUCUUCCAGGAAGCCGGAAAACCGGCCGUCAACAUCACAGACAACAACUUCAAAGACAAGGUGCGGUUGUGUUUCCUGAACGGGAAUCACUACGACAGCGUUUAUCUCGUCAGCCACAUUAAAGGAGCCGCUCUCUGUCAGUCCAUCUUGUACGAGCUUCUGUACGACAAUGUGUUCCAAGUGGACCGGUCCUCUCUGGGUUCGUGUCAGCGGAUGAGCCGACCGGCCGACCUGCUGAGUGACGACAGCAUGAACGUCUGCCUCAGCAGCGACGACUCGGACCUGGACGCUGGAGAGCCGCUCUGGGUUGAAAAUGGAACGAGCACGACGACUACAAGAUACAACCAGAGGGGUCGUGGGCGUGGCCGUCUCCUGCCUGAGAGGGUGAGGCGUUCACUGAACCCGACUCUGUUCAGAAACGUUGAGUACGACGUCUGGCACAAGUCCAAGAGAGCACAACAGAAGAUGGAUUAUUGCAUCGCUGCUGGGAUGCAGUUCACUGUAGGAGACCGCUGUCAGGUUCGUCUCGAGGGGCGGAGCUACAGUGCCACCAUCAAGGAGGUUUCUCCCAACAACGGGCCAGUGAGCGUUUAUUUAGAAGAACUGGCAACCAGGAAGUAAGUCACACUAACAACACAUGUACUAUACUGUAGUAUUCAGACCCUUUACUGCAGUACAAGUACUAAUACCACACUGGAAAAACUCUGUUA